AUUCUUGAAUUGGACUGCUGUUUUAAAAGUGUUUGGAGAGUUAUUGCUAAAAAUUAGUUGCUAAAAUGGGUAAAGAUUAUUACAAAAUAUUAGGACUAUCGAAAGGAGCUACAGACGAUGAAAUUAAAAAGGCCUACCGUAAACUCGCGCUCAAAUACCACCCCGACAAGAAUAAGUCUGCUGGUGCCGAGGAGAGAUUCAAGGAAGUUGCUGAGGCUUAUGAAGUUUUGUCAGAUAAAAAGAAAAGAGAGAUCUAUGAUGCACAUGGCGAAGAAGGUCUGAAGGGAGGAAUGGGUAGUCAGAAUGGACCCGGAGGAGGCCAAUCAUUCUCAUACGCCUUCCACGGAGACCCGAGAGCAACUUUCGCACAGUUCUUCGGCUCUGCUAGCCCAUUCCAAGCGUUUUUCGAUUUAAAUGGCAGCAGCGGCGGUACAACGAUGUUUUUCGAUCGCGACAUGGACGUCGAUAUGGAUCCGUUCGCAAACAUGGGCAUGGGACAAACGAGGCCCGGUGGCCCGGCUGGCGCCUUCCGUAGUCACAGCUUCAACUUCCAUGGUUCCCCGAGCAGGAAAGAGAAGACCCAGGAUCCACCGAUUGAACACGACUUAUACGUGUCACUAGAAGACAUCGCCCGCGGUUGCGUCAAGAAAAUGAAGAUAUCGCGGCGUGUGAUGCAGCCAGAUGGUACAUCUAAGAAGGAAGACAAAGUUUUGACAAUCCAUGUUAAACCUGGUUGGAAAGCAGGAACAAAGAUUACGUUCCAGAAGGAGGGUGAUCAAGGCCGCAACAAGAUCCCUGCUGACAUUGUGUUCAUCAUCAGAGACAAGCCACAUCCAUUGUUCAAACGAGAGGGCAGUGACAUAAGAUACACAGCUAAAAUAUCACUUAAACAAGCUUUAUGUGGCACCAUCAUCGAAGUUCCCACAAUGUCUGGAGAGAAGUUGACAGUAAAUCUUCAAGGAGAAGUUGUUAAACCACACACUGUGAAGAGAUUCCCUGGAUACGGAUUACCUUUUCCAAAGGAGCCUACGAGGAAAGGUGACCUGAUGGUUGCUUUUGACAUCAAGUUCCCUGACCGCUUAUCAUCAGGCGUUAAAGAAAUACUCAUGGAUACAUUACCCAAUUAAGAUCUAUUAACAUCUAAGACUGCUGGAUCUCUCAUUAGUGCAGAUUUAAGAUAAUUUAUAUGAUUCUGAUAGCCUGGUUUUGAUACAAGUGUUUUCAGUGUAUGUUGAUGAAUCUUGUUUAUAAUUUGGCCUCAAAAUGAAACCUGAGUAUUGGUUUUUAUCAAAAAAAGGCUAUUAGUAUCAAUCAUGGUUUAUAAUAGCUCAAAUUUUUUUUUGAGUCAUUCCUACUAGUGAAUUGUAGGAAGUUGUUUAUUUUGCUGCCUAAAUUAUGGUUUGAAAUCUUACUUUUAAGUUCCAAUGUAACAUGUCAGUAGGUUGUAUGGGUUAUUAGUUUUGUCUGGGUGGACUUUGUGCGUUUUAGUACAAAGAACAGUGUGUAUGGAUGUAGAAGUCUUUAUUUAAUUUUGUAAGCUGUAAAUAUUUUGUACUUUGUUAAUUGUAAAUAUUAUGUGAUCCUUUUAACGGUGGUUGUAAGUUUUAGGUUUCAUUGAAGGUUUGGAAACUUGGAACUGGCAAUUGCUACUAAUCUUGAAUUGGAAUUAUGCUAUUAUUUAAUAUUAUAAUUACAAUGCAAGAUUGAUUUGUAGGGCUUGAAAUUCUAUUACUUUAGUAUUAAUGACAGUGUGAAACGUAUCACUUAUAAUUACUGUUGAUAAAUAAUUAUUAAUAAACAAACACUCAAAUUU